AUGUGCGAAAAUGGAGACAGCUAUACUCAUUCGGAUAUAUUUUCGGCUCAGAUACCGGGACAGUUACCGUUCAGCGCUGUUAUGCCUUUCUUCAGAUCGCCAGUAGUGAAAAAUUCAGAACUACUGGCGCCUAUUCCAUCUGAGCAUUCGGAUAAGUCACAAUAUCCCUAUUUACCGAUCGAACCGAUAUUUACACCAUUCUAUCUACCAUCUUAUAUAUCGAGCCUUCCACCAUGCACUUCACCGAAUUUUCUAGAAUUCAAUCAACCAUAUCUUCAAUCAACCCUUCCGCCAACCUUUCCACCAGUUUGCCCACCGCCCUGUCCACCAGCCUGUCCACCACCUUGUCCAUCACCUCGUCAUACUUCUAAGCUGUCUAGCAAAGCGCGAUAUAAACUAAAUAUAAUUAAACACAGAAAAACUCAAGAUCGCUCUUACUGGCAGAAUCUCGUCAAAUCACCCCACUUGACGGAGGAAGAAAGGCUGCUUGUUCGUCUUAAAGGAAUUGAAGGCUUACCUUGGAAAGAUAUUCAAGCAAAAUUUAAUGAGAAAAUGGGUACGUAUGUCGAACAGGCUGCGCUACAAAUGCGAAUUCGAAGGUUAUGUGACAGAAUGGAUGCAAGAGAAAUACGAGAAGAGGAAAAAAAGAGGCCCUGUAAGGAUACGCGACGGUACCCUUCCGAGAGAGGUUUUAAAGGGCCAGAGUCUCAUGCUCAAAACCCUCUCCCGCUUUUGGAGCAGACAUUUGCCGCGAUGCCAGGGCAUCCUAUGAACCAAAGAUUUUCAGCAAAUGAAUCUAGAUGCAACGAGGACCUCUACAGUAACCGUUCUCUAAAUUUAUUUACCUUGAAAUUCAAACCAUGGGACCAGCAGCAAUCCGAGUACCUACCUGCACCAAGCCAGUCUCAACUCUGGAGAAAUCCUGGUGUUGAAAUAAGGCCUGGCGAAGGAAGAGAGGAAUCGGUUACCUGGAAAAUGUCUGCUCCAUUGGGUACUUAUCGCGAAAUUUAA